CAUAUGGCAAAUAAAACAUUACUAAUGUGAUUCAAUUGAAUAAAUUGAUAUGAUUUAAGAACGAGGUUUCAUUGGGUACUAUAAUUAUCAUUAUGAAGGUCUUAAAGGAAUGGUGCAUAGAUGCACCUUGGGGAAAAAUUGCAUUUAUGUCAUGGGGAAACCCCAAUGGGGAGCCUGUUCUUCUGGUCCAUGGACGCCAGGACAGCUUGGUGACUUUUGAACCUCUGCUAAAGUUGUUACCGGACUCAUACCACUAUGUCGCCUUUGAUCUACCCGGUCACGGCAAGUCUGAUGGAUUUCCAAAAGGAUCUCAAAUUCAGAGAGUAACAUAUGUAUUGGCAGUGAAAGUAGCUGUGGACCACCUCGACUGGCAACAGUUUAUAUACAUUGGGCAUUCCAUGGCCUCUGAAUUAGGUCUUUUCUACAGUGUCCUACAUCCUAACAGAAUAAAAAAGAUGGUGCUCCUAGACCCAGGUCCGUCAUUUCAAUUUUUAGUUGCGUAUGAGCCCAGGAGGAAUUUCAAAGACUUGUGUGCAAGUUACUAUGAUAACUACAAAUUCUUUACGAAGGAUGAUCAAGUUUAUACUAAAGAAAGUGCUAUUAAAGCUGUCAUGAGGAACAGGAGCAUGACCAGAGACCAGGCAGAGCUAUUGCUGUCCAGAAACUUAAUUAAAGUUGGCGAAGAUAAGUACAAAUUGUCCUGGGAGAGACGUUUAAAAGUACUUUAUCCCCUACAAAAUACAUUGGAAUAUCAGAAGGAGCUAUUCAGUAAAAACUCGCCACCUUUGUUUAUGGUGGCAUGUACCCAGAGUCACAGCAAGUUUUCCUACCGAGACACCUGGGUAGAGUCACUGAAGCUGCUGGAGUACAUGAGCCAACAGAAGAAUUGCACAAUGAUUACUGUAGAGGGGGAUCAUGACUUGCAUUUCAAGAAUCCUGAACUUUUUAUAAAAGAUCUAAGAAGCUUCCUACACAAAUCCUUUGUUGAUAGUAAAAUUUAAACAUUAUUGUAUGUAUGAUAAUUCUGAUGCAUUUGUUACUUCUUCCAUUUGUUUGCGCUUUAUUUGAUGUAUUGUUCAGUUUCUAAGGGUUUUCUGAUGGCAGUUUGUCUAUCCACUAGGAGAGAUUAAC